AUGGCUCCUUUCGGCACCAUCUACAGCUACCCCGGCAACUCUCGGGUCGUCAAGGCCCAAGCCGCCGCCAACCUCAAUGGCCUCGAGCUCGCCCAUGGCGACUUCACUAUGGGCCAAACCAACGUGUCCCCAGAGUUCCGUGCCAAGUUCCCCCUGGGCAAGGUCCCUGCUUUCGAGACCGCCGACGGCCUCAAGCUCGUCGAAUCGAACGCCAUCACCCAGUUCAUCGCCGAGAGCGGUCCCGCCGCCUCGCAGCUCCUCGGCUCCACGCCCGCCGAGCGCGCCGUGAUCCGCCAGUGGGUCGACUUCUCAGAUGGCGAGGUCCUGAGCCCCGUCUUGCAGCUGGGUCUCUGGCGUCUCGGCAUCCACACCUACAAGUACGACGAGGCCACCGAGACCGCUGCCCUGACUCGCAUUGAGCGCUCCAUGGCUCACUUGGAGCAGCAGCUUUCCGGCCAAACCUGGCUGGCUAAGGGCGAGAAACUGAGCUUGGCGGAUAUCUCUGUCGCCGCGGCGUUUAUCUGGGGCUUUUCGAUCUCCCUUGAUGCGGAGAUCAGGGCUAAGUUCCCCGGUGUGAUGGCGUGGUAUGAGCGUGUCACUGAGACGGAGGGUGUUAAGCAGGCGUUUGGGGAGAAGAAGUUCGUGGAGAAGCGCUCUGCUCCUCCGUCUUAA